GAACUGAAUAAAAUUAGAGAGGGAGAGUGGUAGAGAGAGGUAGACAGACAUGGGCAGAAAGAGCGAGAGACGUGGAGAGAGAGGUAGAGAGGCAGCAGGAGAGAGAGAGCAGAGCAUCAGUGUUGUUUCUGCUGAGGAUCAGAGAGGAGAGAGGAUCAUCACCGAACAACCAGCGGCUUGUUUUCAGGCCCAGCUGCAGCAUCGCACCAUGACUAAAGAGGAGAACCUGGAGGUGCAGGAGAAGGAGAGGCACGAUCGGGAGGAGCAGGAGGAGGGAAGGGUUCAGAGAGAAGAGGAGGAGGCUCUGACCGAGGAGGAGGAGGAAGAAGAGGAGGAAGAAGACGAAGACGAAGAGGAGGAGUAUGAGCUAGAGGAGGAGAGGGAGGGGGAGGAGAGGGCAGAGGUGGAUGAUGAGGAGGACGACGAUCAGGAGGAGGAGCGGGAGGAAAGAGAGGAGAGGGAGGAGGAGGAGGAGGAUCCGCUGGCCGGUCGAGAGCCUGAGGCUGAGCCAGAACCCGAGCCACAGUCGGUGUCCGAGUACCACAGUCCGGUUCACGAGCCACGCCGCAGAGCCAUGGUGCACCCCUCCGCCCAGGCACCGCUGCCCAAAGACUACGCCUUCACCUUCUUCGACCCAAACGACCCGGCCUGUUUGGAGAUCCUCAUGGAUCCUCGGACCACCAUCCCAGAGCUGUUCGCUAUUGUGCGUCAAUGGGUUCCCCAAGUGCAGCACAAGAUCGACAUCAUUGGCAAUGAGAUCCUGAAGCGUGGCUGCCACGUGAACGACCGCGACGGUUUGACCGACAUGACACUGCUGCACUACAGCUGUAAGGCCGGAGCCCAUGGAGUCGGCGAUCCGGCGGCAGCGCUGCGUCUCACCAGUCAGCUGAUCUCUCUGGGUGCCGACGUGAGUCUGAGGAGCCGCUGGACCAACAUGAACGCCCUGCACUACGCCGCGUACUUCGACGUCCCAGAACUGAUCCGAGUCCUGCUCAAAGCCGCCAAACCCAGAGUGAUGAACUCCACCUGCAGUGAUUUCCACUAUGGUACAGCUCUGCACAUCGCUGCCUCCAACCUUUGUCUUGGUGCAGUGAAAUGUCUGCUGGAGCACGGAGCCAACCCCACUGUCCGGAACGAUAAAGGUCAGGUUCCAGCUGAGGUAGUUCCAGACCCAAUGGACAUGAGCCUGGACAAGGCCGAGGCGGCCAUGGUGGCCAAAGAACUGAAGCAGCUGCUGCUGGAUGCCGUCCCUCUGAGCUGUAACCUUCCCAGAGCCACGCUGCCCAACUACGACAACAUCCCGGGAAACCUGAUGCUGUCCUCACUGGGGCUGAAGCUGGGAGACCGAGUGCUGCUGGACGACAUGAAGACUGGCACUCUGAGGUUUUGUGGUACGACAGAGUUUGCCAGCGGUCAGUGGGUCGGUGUGGAGCUCGAUGAGCCCGAGGGAAAGAACGACGGCAGCGUGGGCGGCGUCCGCUACUUCAUCUGCCCUCCUAAACUAGGGAUUUUUGCCCCGGUGUCAAAGAUUUCCAAGGCUGUGGACCAGACACCUUCAUCUGUCACCUCCACUCCCCGAACCCCCCGCAUGGACCUGGCCUCCCGCCUCGCCGGAAAGACCAAGAAGGAGAAAGAGAAGAAGGAAAAGGAGAAAGAGAAAGCCCAGAGGAAGAAGUCGUCAGUGGCCAGUCUGGACCCAGAGGGACUGAAUGUCGAGGUUGGAGAUCAGGUUCUGGUGGCUGGACAGAAACACGGCAUCGUCCGCUUCUACGGAAAGACCGACUUCGCUCCAGGUUACUGGUUUGGUAUUGAGUUGGAUCAGCCGACAGGAAAACACGACGGCUCUGUGUUUGGUGUCCGUUACUUCAGCUGCCUCCCCAAAUAUGGAGUGUUCGCCCCACCGUCCCGCGUCCAGAGAAUCGGAGGUCCUAAAGACGGCUCACAGAAUGACAGCUCCAUGGUGAAGAAAGUGCACCAGGUCACCAUGUCACAGCCCAAGCGUAACUUCAACACGAUGCGUUCUCCUAAAGACCUGACCUCUGAGAGCUCCAUAUCCAGGUUGCUGUUUUGCUGUUGGUUUCCGUGGAUGCUGCGUGCUGAGAUGCAGUCCUAACCACACCCUCCCUCCUCUUCUUCUUCCUCUACUCCUCCACCAGAUCGAUCUCUCCGCUCUUUCUUCUCUCCAUCUUUUACUUUGGUUUUCCUCUCUGAGUCUCCUCAGACGUAUCGCUGUCAUCAGUCAAACUUAUCGUAGUGAAACCUCCGUCCCUCCUCUCUCUUACUCUCAGCCCAAAACUUUCUAAUUUAGCCGUUCUAUAGCAAAAUCUAUAGUGCCUUGUAUCUGAUCAAAACGUCCUGCAUUCCUUUAAUGAAACUGAAACAGCUCUGCUAAAGCAAUUCCCCUAAAACAAUCUCUUUACCCUUUUACACUUCUUAUCAUCUCAUCGUCCCAGCUUGGUAUUUUUCCAUGUUGUACCUUUAUUCGGGGCAGAAAAACUGCUGUUUGCUUUCUCUGAGGAUAACAAAAACCACAUAACACUAGUUUGUGCUGCUACAUGUUUUUUUGUUUUUGCUGCUACUAGAUUAUGGUCUUGCCAAAUUUAGCAUUGAGUGCCAGAUUAAUUUGUUAUAAAGGUGCAUUUUUUUUUUUUUUUAAACAAAAAUAUUGCUGACACUUUUAGUCAUAGAUUGCAUUUGGCAAACGUAUUCAUACUUGUUAAAUCUAGAAGCAUACUCUGUAUACUCUAAAUGGUCCUGGGAAACAAAUCCUGAAGCGGCGAUGUAACUGAGACUCAUCAUGGAGGCACAAAUCUGAAAAAUCUGAUUUUUCUUGUUCCCUGCGAGGCUCGACACUGUAUCGUAAACUCUGAGAAUUUCAAAGUGUCACGUUUCCAAACACAGAAAUGCGUGAGAUUGAUUUUGCGUAGCUCUUACCCAGAAAAGUUUCGGGUAUCGAGUUGUUUGUUUGUAGUGUUGGACCCUGAUCUGGCUCCUGCUUCCUCACCACUCGCCUGAGACCAAGAACUCUCAUUAACAGCUGCUGCCUCUCUUAUGUAAAUUCAUAGUCAUCUGUUGUGAUGAGACUCUUUCUCUGCUCAGUAUAGCACUGAUCCCAUGGACUAAUUGUGCUUAUAAAACAAUAACCAUGAUUUGAACAUGUUUUGGAGCAGCCUUGAGCCAGAGAGACGGUUUCUCCACUCAGAGAACUACAGUUAUACAUCAGUAACCAUCAGUGUAAAAGAUCCAGUCUCAGCACUGUAACUCCGUAUGAAGAACUUUUAUCACCCGCAUGCUUUAAUCUCAGAUGUCAAACUGAAAACAGGGUUUAUCAGCUACUGACCUUAUUGUAUUUUAUCAUAGUGUUACAGUCAGUUAUAUUUUUUUAUCUGUCAGAUGUAUGCAACAGGCCUGAUUUCACAGUUGGGAUGUGAGAUAACAAAAUGGUUCUUGGUCUCUAUGAAACAUUUCCUGUCACGGGCAGGAGUUGUUGCUCUGUAGUGCAGUGUCUGUGUAGUUAAAUUUGAUGCAACUGCACAUCUUAGUUAUUGUGCAAAUUGCUCUUUAACACAAAGGAAACAGCUGGACUUGUCUUUUUCCUUCACUCCUUUGAAAAACUAAAGACUCAGUUUUAGUCUUGGAUAGAUAAAGUACUGUAGAUAGAUAUUAUAGCAACAAAACGCCUUAGAAUAACACUCAUUAUUAAUCAAUAAUAAUACAAACAUUAGUCCAUCUAGUUAGAGUUAAAUUACACUGUAUUAUAGAAAUCUUAUAAAGAGCUGCAAUCAUAAUCUGUCAUUAACCAAAACUGCUAACAGACCCAAAAUGAUGAUUUCCUUUGAUGCAACUUAAAAUCCAAAAUGUUCAAAUCAAAGUGUUUUCUGCCCCACUAAAUGUUGUGUUGCUGCUUCUUGUUUGCAUCUGAAAACAAGUUUCAUUUAAACCUAAUAUCAGCUUUAAAAUGAGGAGUUAAAUAUCUGUUAAUAAUAAUCACCCGUACAACUGAGUCCCCUCAUCAAACAUUAAUCUCCUCAAUCGAGGUUUUUAAUUUCCUACUGUAGAAAAUUAAACCCUGGCAAAUCUCUCCAGAGAGUUCAUGAUAUUUGUAAAGGUUUUCCUCUAUCUUUCUCUUCCCCUCUUCUCUCAUCCCUCUCUCUCCAUUUAAAUAAGACUUCAGUACUUUUUGUCAAUGUGAGCAUCCGCGAAAAGACAAAACACAAGUUAAUCUAAACUUACGUGUGUGCUUAAUGUUAAAAUCUCUCUUGAAGUAUGUGCAUAAUGAAAACAGCAAUAUGUAAACAGUGUACCUAUCUCUGUGUGGAAAUGGUUCCUGUCUUAAUGUCUCUUUACACUCUGUAAGCACACUAAUACAGAGAGAUGAACACGCUCACACUCUGAAGGCCGAGGCUGCCGGGGGCGAGACGUUUGAAACAGCAAAUGUUCAAAUCAAUCUGUGGAGGUGUGUUUACACGUCAGUGACUGGUGGAUUCAAAAUUUCAAGAACCAGUGGGAUUUUUGUUGUGAUUUUUCACUUUUUCUAUCCACAAAGUGGCCACAGUGGUAAAUCAAAAACAAACCGUAUGUACUUUGUUGUGUAAUUUAACAAGUCAGAUAUUUAAUUUAUGACCACUAUUCAUUGUUGACAUUUAUUCAGACUGAUUAUUAGUCUUCUUUUUUGGAUGAAACAUUUAAAUCUUUGUGAUACAGCUUUCCAGAGGUGUAAAACUGUGAUUUGUAAUCACAAAAAGUGAUUAUUUUACUUGUAAAUCAUUGGUUAUAGAUUCUUUUUGCAUUGCGUUGGCUUUUAUAAUGAUUUAAUUAUCACUUUAUAAUGUUAUGUUUAAUUUACACACUCCACAUAUUUCUGCUGUUUUUUUACAUUCUUUUUAUUCAAGUAUCCACAUCCCUGUGAAAAUAAGACAAUAGCUUGAAGCUUCAAAGUUGGUUAUUGAAUUUUUGAGUCCAUCAGUCUAUGAAGGUUGUGGCUGGUUGUGUCGGUGUGGAUUCCCAGACUUCAGACUGACCGUAAACAAAGAACAGACUGAAUGUUGUUGUUGGUUUACAGAAUAAUUUUCUCAGUUGGUCUUUGUGCUCUGCAGCCUCGGCUAAAGGAAACACUUUGUGGUUGCUCCUGCACACUGCUGUUGAUAACUGUUCUGUUUGUGCCCGUGGAAUCAGCUUCAACAUUAUACUAAUGAUAAUUACAGCGCUCAGUUUAGCUCAAACCAGCUGCAGAGUUUAGUCAGGCCAUGAUUAAACUGAAGCUUUCCAUUUCCACUCAAACUCAAAGCUUAGCUCUGAGUGUUGCUGCUUAAGCAAAAGGUCAGAUAGUGCAUCAUCCAACUCUCAAGGUUUGCUAUGAGUUGUAGGUUGAGUUUUGUGACACACUACUGCUUUGGUAGCCCUUGUGUCAAGGUGUUUUUGGCCUGACAGUCUGUAGUUAACCUGGUUUUGUCAGCUUGUCAAGCUGCAGUGUUUCAGAAUGAAAGCAAAAAGAAAAGAAUUGGUUAAAAAAAAAAAAAAAAGAAAGAGUCAGUUCACAAAUCCAAGAUAAUUUGUUUAAGCAGCUUUCUAGGCAUGGAUAUGUCCUUAAAAAUUACCAAAAUGUCCUGACAUUGAUCAUUUUUGGUCAUGUUUCUAGAGCUUACAAUCUCACAAACACUGUUUGGUGUAAGUACACAGCUAAUUUUGAAUUUAGAAAUCUGACUGAACUUGCAGAAAUCCAGAUCUGCCACAUCAGUCUAAUUGAAGUCAGACUUAAACUUCAUUUUUAGCCACUUUUCUGAGGUAAUCCUGCAUCGACAGUGUAGACUCUGGGUUCUUGAAACUGUCCUGGAAGACAAGCAUGAGAAUCUUGACGUCAUGUUAACACGAUAUGCAGAUGACUCACUGAUUUACCUUCCUGUAUUCAUGCUAUAAGCUACUUUCAUCUGCUAUCCCACCCAAACCCAAACAAAAGAGCCUGAUGAACUGAAGUGAAUCAAUGUGUUAUAGUUUACAUAUGUUUAUAAUUUCACACAGGAAAUGUGUCGCUACAAAUAAGCUACUGCAACACAUGCUGUUCAAUGCUAAAGCUCCACGGAGUCAGAGUCUGCUGAUUCCAUUUUAGGUAAACAUUGACUUUAGUGGACCACAGUGAUGGUGGAAGUUUGUCUUUGUACAGUAAACGUACAGUACAGUCAAUAUGUCCCAGUAAAGCCUCUGUUGGUUUGAACGUAGUGUUCUGACUACUGUGUAAAUGUGGAGCUUUCUCUGGUUUGGCCACUAAGUGUCACUAGUGAGUCACUGGUUAUUCAUCUUACAACAAACAAAAUAUUCCGUAAGCUUUUGUCAUAACAUAUUUUCUAUUUGAGUUGCUCCAUUUAAAGGCCUAAAGUGGUUUAAGGUGUUUUGACUCUUUAACUACAAACUACUGUAUCUUUACUUCACAUUUCUGCUGACUCAUUUCCAAAGCGAUUUCUUCAUUGUUUCUAGGCAGCCUUUGGUUGCUGUUUAUUUAUAAGAAAAUCAGUUUAAAACCUGCUGCAGAAACUUUGCAUCCAAACACCAACAAAUAGUGAAUACAAAUUACAUGAAUUUGGACCUUUGCAUGCAUGAAGAAAGGUUGCUGCACUGCUGCCAAUAUUAAUGUUGUGCUCAAGACAGACUACAGGACUCACUAUCACGGUAUUGCGGCAAGAUGUAUCGAUGCAUUCCCUCAACUCCCCCAAAUUCACAUGAUGUAUUCAUAGGACUACACACCUUUUAAUUUGUAAGUUGCAUCCAUUCCCUCAUGUCCACAUACCUUAACCCAUUAUAACUCAAAUGUAUUCAUAGGUGUGUCAAUCUGCCACAGACAUGGCACCUGAGAUAAAACUGGAAACCACAAUUUCUUGCUUAGAAGAGAUGUCCAGGGUUGAACUAUCUGUUAUGAUAGCAUUGGUAUUGUUGAUAUUCUGGGUGCCAGUGCUUUACAACCUAAUUGUAAUUUAGCUUCAACCAAAAGUUAACCAAAUGUUGACAGUGAUGGAUUAUCUCUCUGCAGUGAGUUUCAGGUCUUUUUAAGUUGAUUUUCAUAGGCAUAAACUGAAACAAAUGGCUGCCUGGAGGGAAUGUGAUCAAUCAAAAAUUGAUGGAUGAUUUGGAAAAUGAUCAGCAGGAAUGGAAAGUAUGUGUGAUUUGUAGUUGAUGGGAUAAAACUUUCAGAACCAGCGGCUGGUCCUUUAAAUCCUCUAUAAUCGAUCGGUGUACGUGUCUGAGAAUAUAAUGUUGAACUCGUUCUCAUAGAAACUAACUCAGCACUGGUUGUUUUAACAUUAAUAAGUCUUAAAAAUAUACAGUAUAUAGCCUAUAUUUUGAUAACUUCACUAAGUGUACUUUUUGUUCUCUGGUUUUGUAGUGCGUGUGUGUUACUUUGUGCUCGGUUACAGUCCAUGUGUGUGAGUCACUCCUGUUUUAAAAGUGCGUGAAUUUGAUGGACGUUAAAGGGGAAACAGGGGAGAACGAGCAUCGGACAUCCUCAUCCUAACAGAUACUCACUGCAUGCUCUCUCUCUCUCUCAGUAACUUUCUCUCUCAGUAUUUUCUGAUUUUGGUUUUUCAAUAUGUGUAUCUUCUUCUCAUCAGCAUGGAAAUGCUUCUAAUAAUAACAGUGACAACUCUAUGAAUAUAAUAAAGAAUUUGAUGUUGUUUUUCUA